AUGCCGACGGCGCAGGAAGUCACUUCGCUCUACAGGGCGAUCCUGCGGGGAGGGAAGAAGUUCCACAACUACAACAUCCGAGAGUACAUACUGCGGCGGGCGAAGGACCGGUUCCGCGAGGGUGCCAGCCUCACGGGCGAUGGGGCGGACAAGGCGUACGCGAAGGGCCUGGGCGACCUGGAGGUGCUGCGACGGCAGCAGGUGGUGCACUCGCUGUAUCACAGGCCGCAGCGCAGCUACAUGGAGAUCAAGGACACCGCCCCCGGGCCGACCGGCAACUAG